AGAUGGCGUCGCCCGGUUCAGGGAGGCUGCUAGCUGCGGCUCUGCUGCCUUGGUGUUGCGUCGCCUGGGCCCUGGGGCAUCUGGACCCACCUUCUCCACCACCGCUGGUGAUCUGGCAUGGCAUGGGGGACACCUGCUGUAACCCCAUGAGCAUGGGUGCCAUUAAAAAGAUGGUUGAAAAGGAAAUACCUGGGAUUUACAUCCUGUCUCUAGAGAUUGGGAAGAACAUGGUAGAGGAUAUGGAGAACAGCUUCUUCUUGAAUGUCAAUCUCCAAGUCAGCAUGGCGUGUCAGAUUCUCGAAAAAGAUCCUAAGUUGCAGCAGGGAUACAAUGCUAUUGGCUUCUCCCAGGGAGGCCAGUUCCUGAGGGCAGUGGCUCAGAGAUGCCCGACACCUCCCAUGAUGACUCUGAUUUCAGUUGGGGGACAACAUCAAGGUGUCUUUGGAAUCCCCCGAUGCCCAGGAGAGAGUUCUCACAUCUGUGACUUCAUCAGGAAGUCCCUUAAUGCUGGUGCUUACUCCAAACUUGUGCAAGAACGCCUGGUGCAAGCACAGUACUGGCAUGACCCCAUCAAUGAGGGUAUGUACCGAAACUACAGCAUCUUCUUGGCAGACAUAAAUCAAGAGAGGAAUGUCAAUGAGUCCUACAAGGAGAAUCUGUCGGCCCUCAAGAAGUUUGUAAUGGUGAAAUUCUUGAGCGACUCCAUUGUGGAUCCUAUUGACUCGGAGUGGUUUGGAUUUUACAGAAGUGGCCAAGCUAAGGAAACCAUUCCCCUCCAGGAGACCGCUCUAUACACAGAGGACCGCCUGGGGCUAAAGAAAAUGGACAAAGCAGGAAAGCUGGUGUUUCUAGCAAAGGAAGGGGACCAUCUUCAAAUGUCUAAAGAAUGGUUUACUGCCCACAUCAUACCUUUUCUUAAGUGAAGCCCUUGCACUUUGCAGCAGAGAUCAUGAAACGGCAGCUCUACCCUGCAAGCAGUCCUCUCCCUGUUACCACCUAACACGCCCUACUUGGAAAGAUCUCAGAUCUUAAUCUUAUCCUUUGCCGCCUGCUAUCACCAUAUGGUGUUGAAUUCAAGUUUAAUUAGCUAACAACCAUGGAGAUUGUUUUACAACCUUGUGAUAUGACAAGGCCCCUUUUAAGAAAGGGGAGUCUGCUGUUGCAGACAAUAAUUGUGCCUAAAAGAGAUGGAAGUGAAGCAGAGAGAGACAAGCUCUGAAGGCAAAAACCCAUACAAAUUUGAAGCAAAUAAAAGCCUCGUGGUACCUAGUCCUGA